AUUAAGUAUGUACUAAUAAAGUAAUAAAUAAUAAUAUAGAGAUAACAUUGUAACAAUGUGACAUUUAGUCGCCCGUAUGACCAUAUUAUUAUAUGUAAUAUGUAUAAGAUAUAUCAAUAGCUUCGAGCUCACGAAGUCACGUUUAAUAAUACUUGGUAGGUAGGUACUCAUUAAUUAUUAUUAUUAUUACUUAAUAUUUAUUAAUAUCUUAUUUUAUAAAUUUUAUGAUUGUCGAUUAUCAUGAAUUGUGACCAUUUUAUUACAAAAAUACCUACCUAUAAGGCUAUAAAUAGUGGUGUAUUAUACAUUUGUACAAUUGUACAUAGUACAUUCAUAGUUCAUAAUUUAGUUUUCAUUCCUCACUGGCUCGCUCAGUGUCGUUUACACUGCUGCAGUUUCCGCGAUCUUUUUCUAUGGUCAAUCAAUUAUUUAUCACGAAUUUGUAACUUAUCGGACAUAGACAUGAACAAUAAUUAUCCAAUUUUUGGUGGAAAUCUAGAACAACAAGAAGUGGACAGCUCUAAUGAUAUACCAAAAUGGCCAACCAUGACUACUUAUUUUGAACAACUAAAACCAAGCGAUUUAAAUGCAAACAAAAAUAAUUUGAUCUUUAAAUGCAUUUUGUGUGGUCCAAAAGAAAAACACAUUUCUACUUCUAAAUUAUCAAAUUCAAAUCUUAGAACACAUAUCAGAAUUAAGCAUCCUAAAGAUUUAACAGAAUUUAACAAUUGUAUGAAAAAGAGACCAACAGAUUCUUCAACAAUACCUCAUAAGCAACUUAAAUUAAGCGAGGUUGGUAAAGUUCAACCAAAGAAAAAGUUAGAUCAAGCUGAGUUUGAUAAGGCUAAUUUAAAACUUAUAAUUGAUACUGUAUCACCAUUUUCAUUUAUUGAGCAUCCAGCAUUUGUAAAAUAUUGUGAAGUUACAUCAAAUAAAGUUCCUGCAUCACGCAGAAAUUUAAUGCGUGAUGUUGAAUAUUUAUAUAAUAAAAUGAUAAAUGAAAUGGUCAGUGAAUUAGAUACAAUUAAAUAUGUAUGUAUUACAGCAGACUGCUGGAGCAUAUUCCACAAAUCAUACAUAGGAUUUACUAUCCAUUGGAUUAAUCCGCAAACACUGGAAAGAUGUUCGAAAGGACUUGCUUGUAGACGUAUGGUAGGAAGACACACAUACGAUAAUAUUGCUGAAUCAAUAGACAAAGUACUCAACGAAUUUAAAAUCCAGAAUAAAACAACAUUAAUAGUCACUGACAAUGCAGCAAAUUUUGUCAAAAGUUUUAGAGUGUACAGUAAUGAUAAUGAUGUUGAUCUAAAUGAAUGCAUUGAUACAAAUAUCGCAGAAGAAAAUGAAGUGUCUAUUGAAAUCACGAAUACUCUAGAUGGUGAACCAUCUAAUAUUGAUAACAUCAUUAGUAUAUCAAUAUCAUUACCCCCUCACCAAAGGUGUGCAGCACACACUAUGAAUUUAAUAGCUUCAGUUGACAUUAAAGAUGCUGAAAAAGACCUUACAUAUAGGAAUAUCAGUCAAAAAGUUUUUAAAAAGUGCCAAUCAAUUUUCAACAAACAAAAUCAAUCAACUCUUAGUGCAGAUAUUAUAAAAAAUCAUCUUGGUCGAUAUCUUAUCACACCUAAUGCCACAAGAUGGAAUUCAUAUUAUGAUGCUAUGACAUGCAUUGUUCAAAAUAUUGAUAAGAUGGAAAAUGUUUGCAAUGAUUUACAACUGCCUACCAUAUCAGGACCUCGAGAAGUCUCGUUCUUACAAGAAUACUGCAAUGUCAUGAAACCUAUAUCUAGAGCAUUAGAUAUUAUUCAGGGUGAUAAAAAUGUAUCCUUAGGAUAUUUGCUCCCUACUAUAAAUGCAGUACACAAAUCAUUAAACGAUAUGAAAAAUAUUGUUUUCUGUAGGCCAUUAGUUGUUGCACUAAAAAGAGGAUUAAAUAAAAGAUUUGCGAGAUAUAUGGAGUCAAAGACGUGUCAAGUGGCUUCCUGUAUGGUACCAAAAUUUAAACUCAAUUGGGCUGUAGAAGAUGAUCGAAACAACAUAAAAAAUACACUUAUGGAAACCAUACUUGAUAACGCAUUAACAAAUUCCCAAGAGAAUCUUCAGUUAACAUCUAACCCCACAUCUAUAGAACACCAUAAUUGUGACAUCGAGGAUGAUUUUUUUAAUUUUGAGGAAAACAUUGUUUCAGAUUCAAACAAUGAUUUUAAACUUCUUGUUGACAAUUAUUUGUCAAAUAAAAAUAUUAAAUCUCCUUUAGAUUUACCAAAUCCCCUUAAAGAAGUAUAUAUAAAAUACAAUACUGCCGUCCCUUCAUCUGCACACGUUGAGCGGCUCUUUAGUGCUGGAGGACAGUUGCUCAACAAAAGAAGAGGUUCAAUGGCAGAUCAAAAUUUUGAAAUGACUCUGUUAUUGAAAUUUAAUAAAUACUUUGAAUAAACGAGCAGCAAAGUACAAAUGUUACAUAUAAAUAAAUAUAUUUCUAUAUUAUACUGUAUAUUAUAUACAAAUAUAAUAUUUGUAAUAUUUAAAAGUUAUAAGUAAAAAAUAAAGUUACUAGUUUUUUUUUU